ACAUUGACGAGUGUUUGGAUGCGCUGCAGUGUCCCGGUCAGCAGUGCUUGAAUUCUCCGGGCUCGUAUAAGUGCGUUCCCUGCAGAGACGGACACAGCAUGCAGAACGGACGCUGCUCAGACAUUGAUGAAUGUGCGAGUCCUCACCUGUGUGGGCCGCAGAGCGUGUGCGUGAACACAGACGGCUCGUACCGCUGCGACUGCUCUCCGGGAUACAGAGCGGCCGGGCCGCGGCGCCAGUGCCGAGACAUUAACGAGUGUCUGGAAGGAGAUUUCUGCUUCCCGAGCGGAGAGUGUGUGAACACGGACGGAUCGUAUAAGUGCGUUUGCGCGCAGGGCUACAAGAGCGCCGCUAACGGGACGUCCUGCCAAGAUGUGAACGAGUGUCUGCACUCACUCAGAGGGAUGUGUGGAUCCCAGCGCUGUGAGAACACCAUCGGCUCGUUCCGCUGUGACGCGUCCUGCGAGCCCGGAUACCACAUCACCGCCUCCGGAGAGUGUGUGGACAUUAACGAGUGCGCUAACGAGACGGUGUGCGGACAUCACGCCUUCUGCCAGAAUCUGAUCGGCACGUAUCAGUGUCUGUGUGACCAGGGCUACGAGUCCACCGGCGACGGACAGAUGUGUGUGGACAUAAACGAGUGUGAGACGAUGCAGGGUGUGUGUGGCUUUGCGCGCUGCUGGAACGUCGAGGGCUCGUUCACGUGUGAGUGUGAGAACAGACAGGAGGAAUUCGACCCGCUCGCAGGCCAGUGUGUGAACAGAGACAGCGCAGGUCGGUCGGGGCCGUCUGGCGGAGACUCCUCUUCCUCAGCCGGCCACGGUUCGUCUGGAUCGUCCGGCUCUCUGCCGCAGACUCGACCUGGAGAAACGAGAGAGUGUUACUAUGGCGUAUCUGAGCCGUACUCCUGCAAGAUAUUGGCCCAAAACACCACGCUGCAGGAGUGCUGCUGUACAGCGGGACAGGGCUGGGGCCUCAUGUGCCAAUAUGACGUCUGUCCCGAGACUGGAACAGCGGACUUCCAGUCGUUGUGUCCCAGUGGAAGAGGGUACGUCACCAUGGAAACGGGAGCGUUCAGCUACAAGGAUGUGGAUGAGUGUAAGCUGUUUGAUCCGGAGGUGUGUAAAGGCGGCGUGUGUGUCAACAACAUUCCCGGCUAUGCCUGUUACUGUCCCAGCGGAUUCUACUACGACACGGAUCUGCUGGAGUGCAUCGAUAAUAAUGAAUGUGAGAGUGAGGAGACCUGCACUGGCGGUCAGUGUGUAAAUACACUGGGAACGUUUUACUGUACGUGUGAGCCCCCUCUAGUGCUGGACGACACACAGCGCAACUGUGUCAAUGCAAGCGGCCUCGCUGAAGAUGAGAACUUAAAUUUCUGUUGGCGUCACGUCACAUCUAGUCUAGUGUGUCAGAGCCCUUUGUUAGGAGCUCAGCUGACCUUCACUGAGUGCUGCUGUUUGUAUGGUGAGGCCUGGGGUCUGCAGUGUGCCCUCUGCCCCCGCAGAGAUGAAGAGGCCUAUGAGGCCCUGUGUAAUGAGUUCGGUCCUCCUCCUUACUCUCCUCGUUACUACGAGCGCUUCGGCCCGGGGCUCCUGCCUGGAAGAGGAGGAUACCAUCCACCGUACAGCCCCCCAGAGUACCCCGAACCCCUGCCGGGACGCCCAGACUACAUGCCACCAGAUUAUGAUGACUACAGUCCUGUGGGAGCGAGUGGACAGCGGUCGGGGCUGAGAGGCAGAACGCCCAGCUCAUACGGACUCCCAGACGCCCCCUACAGGCAGCCGGCCACAGGUGGAAGUCGUUACUAUGAGGAGGACGAUUAUGAAACCGCGCCCGGCCCUCCUUUCGGCAUCCCGGAUCCUCGCGGCGAGCGGACGUUCGACUCGCGACCCCUGCCGCCCCGUCCGGAUGGGCUUCCGCUCAGCUUGGCCCCGUUUCCGGAAAACUCCCCGUACAGCGAGGCAGAGGAGGCGGAGUCAUGGAGAGCCCCGCCCCCAUUCCCAAUGUUUCCUGAGAGACGGGAGGGACCACGACGAGUCUAUGAGCGGAGAUAUGAAUCCUACGGGAGUCUGAGUUCAGAAGAGUGUGGCAUUGUCCACGGCUGUGAAAAUGGCCGCUGUAUCCGCGUGGAGGAAGGUUACACGUGCGACUGUUACGACGGCUAUCAGCUGGACAUCACUAGCAUGACGUGCAUAGAUGUGGACGAGUGUGACGAUGAAGACACGCUCGACUGCGUGAACGCUCGCUGCGUGAACACGGAGGGCUCGUACAGGUGCGUGUGUCUCAGGGGCUUCAUCAUGUCCCGAAGACCCAACCACUGCAUCCCGGCUUGAUCGAGGACUGCAUUUAGAGACUUACUAAUUUUUUUUUUUUUCCUUUUUCCGCCACGUUGCUGUAAAUGGUUUAUUUUAUGACUUUAUUUACAAUACUUGUGUGUAUAUAUCCAAAAGUCUAAUACUGAAGCUUUACACACGACAUACACACACAAGACUCAAUACUGUUGUGCUUUACUUAAAGCCUUUAUGUAUAACGCAUUAUAAAGGUAUUUGUAACGUAUGUUGUAAUGCAUUGCAUUUAAAUAAUUGUAACCAAAUGCAUUCUAAUAUUUGAAGGUUUGUUUGCCAUGCAUUAUCCUCCCUAAAGGUGUGUUCAGUGUAUAGCUAAGUAUUAUAAUGUGUUAUAACUGUGGUUCGUGAGAUGCAUUACAAGACAUAAUGAAUGCAUUAAAACUACUUUUAUAAUGCAUUAUAUAUGAAGGCUUUAAGUAAAGUGUUACCAAAAAAUUAUAUAUUAAUGUACUUUUUCAUUGGUUGGACACUGGCCAGAUGAGCUUUAAUGUCUUGUCAUAAAUAUCUGCAUAAACUAAUGUUUUUACUCAGAUUUCAUAUUUAUGUAUUCAUAUCAAUGAAGGCAAUUCCAUGUAUACUAUAUAUAAAUAUAUAUAUUUUUGUCAUAUGUCUGAGAAUUUCACCACGUUACUAUUUGAUACUGUUAAAUCUGUUUUUCUGUCUUUCGUCUGUUAGAAACCCCCAUGUCACGUAACACAAAAUGCACUGUAUUUGUGGGGGAAAUGCAGUCGUGAACUGCUAUUGUACAUUUUUAAGACAUCUCAGAUGUUUGUUACAUAUUUUUAUAUGUACGUUUUUGAUAUCUUCUGUGCCGUUUGGAAAUAUAUUUGCACACACU